GACCACGAGCUGCUCGAACUCCUCCGACAGUCGCUACUGGGACCCAAGCCGAAAUCCGACGAAAUCGGAACCGAUACAAAGGUCCUACGACACGCCGAAUUUAUCUAUGACAAUAGUAUUGACGUGAACAUUGAUGCCCGUGGCACCAGAGCUGCCGCCCAGUUGAUCUGGGAGCAGAUGCAGGAGCGCAGUUAUAGCACUCAAACUUGGUCCGAACAUGAUUUGCAUCCAAAAGCAAAGGACGAGGCCACCCUCAACUUCAUCUUUAUCAUGGACCUCUUGAACUUUAGCUUCUGGAGUGGAAAGCCUGAGAACGAGAGAUACGCCGUCGAGUACCGUGGCAAGCCGUGGACUGGUUACUGGAGCCUGGUGGCUUGUCUACAAAGAGCUCUUGAAGAAGACGAAAAACUCGCCUACGUUUUCCGUUCCUCGACCGAGGAGGAAAUACCUUUGCUACAAGAAAGAAUCAACUGUCUCCGUGAAGCGGGUCAAGCACUCGAAGACAACUUUGAAGGCAGUGUAGCCAACCUUGUCGAGGCCGCCAACAACAGUGCGGGUAAACUUGUCAAUCUCCUCGCUCACCAUUUCUCGUGCUUCCGGGAUGAAUCUGUGUUCGAGAAACGUACAGUCCGCAUCAUGAAAAGGCCUCAGAUUCUGGUCGCCGAUAUUUGGGCUGCGUUCAACGAAGAAAGCUAUGGCGAGUUCAACGACAUUGACAGCAUAACGAUGUUUGCCGUACCUCAAAUUCUACACACAUUAGGCUGCUUAACGUAUAGCCCACCCUUGGACAGCGCCAUACGUACACAACAACCUAUUGCUCACGACUCCAGCUAUGAGGUACAGUUACGUGGCUGCAGCAUCUGGACCGUGGAGAUGAUUCGCAGAGAAAUUGUAAGGAAGAAUCCAGUUGCCAAGGUCAAUGCCAUCUUGAUCGAUUUCUUCCUGUAUGAUCUGGCCAAGGAAAAGGAAAGAGCUGGUGAGCCAGCCAUCCCUCAUCACCGGACUAGGAGCAUCUGGUAU